GUUGCUGCUUUCACAGCACUGUUGCACUCAUCGACUUGUACUCUGUGCUAAAGAUGCUAGAAAAGAACUGCCAAAGUUUGUUGAAAAAACAAUUGAAUCAAUCAUGAACUACUUUCAAGGAAGUGCCGUACGAAGAGACAAGUUUGGAGAGCAUCGAGUCAAAUCAUUGGAAGAUUUGACUGAUCCCGAGGGAGCGUACAUGACGCUAGUUACGUACCAUAAGGUUCGCUGGUUGUCAUUAAGCGACUGCGUGCAACGACUUUGGGAUUUGCUUCAGCCACUUGUAACUUUCUUCGAAGAAGAAACAGGCGACCAGCGAAAUCAACCCAAAGUCAGAAAGUUAGCUGCGGAUCUUCACGAGCAAAUUUCAAAGCCGGAGUUCCAUCUAUAUUUGAGCUUUCUGGAGAAACCUCUUCGCGAUUUGGCUGCUGUGAAUCGCCAUCUUCAAACACGAAAUCAAACACUUUACACAACGUGCUGUGGAAUUCUCGCUCUACAACGUACAUUGAGCUACUACGUGAAGUCCAACGAUGCUGACGGCCAAGAGAAAGAGAGGUCUGUGAGAGAAGCAGUGUCACUUGCUGGAGGAGAAGGUUUCCGCAAACUGCUGAAGGAAACAGAAGACAACGCAUUGCUAAAUACGCGUGAAAUUCAGGCAGCUUUAAAGUCUAUGCACAAUUUUCUUCUGCAGACAGUGGAAAGCAUCUCAAGGCGCUUUUCAGAACUGGAUUUCUUUGUACAAAAAUGUCAGAUGCUGGAUCCGGUAAAUAGACGACGAGUUCAGGCGAAAGAUCUUCAGGCAAUUGCAGUAAAAUUCAAGCAUUCUGCGAUCGACGAAGAGCUAGUGUCACGUCAGGCAGUGACCUAUUCAUUUGACGAAAGUUUGGACUUACUCUAUACAGAACAGUGUGGGAUGUCAGCAGUGAAGUUUUUCAUCAGUCUUCUUCACAACGAGAACUACUGUGAAAUAGGCAAGUUGGCCCUUCUCCUGUAUUCCUUAGCGCCGGAUAGCGUUGAAGCUGAACGUGGAUUUAGCUUGAUGAAUAUAACAAAGAAUUGUUCUCGCAAUAGGCUUGGUCAACGUACGAUAAACGCGAUUAUGGCGAUAGCUUCAGACAGUAGAGGAAUGGACACAUUUCCUUUUGAUAAGGUGCUGAAUAAUAAUGUCCUUUAGUGAUGCUUAUUGUUGAAAUAGAAAACUGAUUACAUUGCCAUUGAUAUUAAUUUGAAUUGUCUUUAAUAUUGAUAUUAACAGUGGCACCGAAAACGCUAUUGGGGCCACAUUUUUGGCACCGGGCAAAAAUUGGA